AUGCACGGGGGAGAGCUGCGUGCCCAGGAUAUCGACACCGUGGAACAGCGGGAGGUUGACUCGGGUCCGAAAGACGAAAGCGGCAGCGCCGCCCCCGACACCAGCAAGCAAGCGGGCUUCCAGUGGAGGAGGCAAUGGUACCCUGUGGCUGUCAUGCGGGACCUAGAGGCCAGGGAUCCACGGAUGCCGUACCCUGUCCAGCUGAUGGGAGAAGGAUUGGUGGUAUGGAAGGACCCAAAAGAUGGUGGAUGGAAAGCUUUUGCCGACAGGUGUCCGCAUCGCUGGGCGCCCCUGUCGGAGGGGCGGGUCGAUCAAGAGAGCGGGCGCUUGCAGUGCAUCUACCACGGCUGGGAGUUUGAAGGAGACGGAAAGUGCGGGAGCAUUCCCCAAGCAACACCGGGGAGUCGUGAGACCGCGCAGAACUCGAAGAGGGCUUGCGCGACGGCCAUCCCGACCAAGGUAGUAGAAGGCAAGCUGUGGUUGUGGCCGGACCCCAGCCCGGAGGGCGUCAAGGAGAGCGAGACCGUUCCGCCCGCGACCGUGCCAGGCCUGGACUUCGGUUCGGGAGACUUCGGCGGCAACUGGUACUGCCGAAAGUUGGCCUACGGGUUCGACACGCUCAUCGAGAACCUCGCCGACCCCGCACACGUUCCUUUCGCCCACCACGGUGUGAUGGGAAGCCGUGCCAUGGGCACCCCGAUGGCGAUCGAGAUGGACAAGGAAGCGGGAUCAGGCGAGGACGAGUUCGUGACGAAGAGGACCGGGUACGCCGGGAGCAACGUGAUGCGCGUCGGGUUCAAGGCGCCGGGUCUCAUCUACUACGAGAGCGACUACACCGAGACGCUGGGUACGACUGUAAAGAGGCUGGCCCCACUCUUCCGGGCGAUUUACUGGUUUAUGAUCAAGCUGAAGAUCGACAAGAGAAUCUCCAUGAAGGACGAAGAUCGGAAGGAAAGAAGCGAUCGCCUGCUCUCCUACUUUGUGGGCUACGCUGUGCCCACCUCUCCCGGAAAGUGCAUGAUUUUCACAAGGACAGCGCGAAACUUUUUCCUCCAGCAUCCGGUAAUACCCCGCCGCUUCCGCAACAGCAUCGCCAAGGAACACCUCGGGCAGCACCUAGUUCUCGACGGGGAUAGCCCGGCGCUUCACAUACAGGAACGCCUCCUGGCCGACGCUGGCGAGCGGGGUGUAGAGCGGCCGGAGAAGACGUACUACAUGCCCACCGCCAGUGACGUCCCCGUCAGGUUCUUCCGGAAGUGGUACCACUCCCGAGGGGGCGCCGGACCUCCGUGGGCGAAGGGGGUGGAUCCAGCUGACCUUGGUCCGAUACUUCCCCGCGAGGAGGUUCUUGACAGGAUGGACGCGCACACAAAGGAUUGCUCCGCCUGUAGCAAAGCGUUCCGAGUGUCGGGGGCCGUGAAGCGCCUGUCCGCCGGCAGCACCCUGGUGCUCCUAGGGGCGGCCGCGGCGGUUCCUCGGGGAUUGCUCCCUGUCGGGCUUGUCGGUGGAGCCUUGGCGAGCGCGGGUCUCGCGGUGGCCAUGUCGAAGCGCCAGCAGCAAUUCGUGUUUCUGGAUUACGUCCAUGCCGAACGUGAUUGAAGAAAAACCACAAUUAAAAAUACCAGAGAGACGAUAAUUGGAGUACGGCACGAAGGAAUACACCCAAGGUCGUCAUUGCCGCGCUGCGGCUUUCCUUCGGUUGCGCGAAAUUCAAGCACCCCUUCGGCGCGCGACAACAGCGAGCAAGAAGGCCUUCAUGUACAGCGUUGACCAGGAGUUCUGUCUGUAUGACCUCUAUCGGAGCCAAUCAGACGAUAUGAUAGGUGAAACGUAGAAGCUGCCAGCGACGGCAACCACAGACGAUAACGAAACUCAAAAGUUGACAACCACAAUUAAUUUCUGUCUCUGAAUGAGGGAAUCGUGUUCAAUGCAAGUAUUGUUCUGUCCGUGUAGCCCGCGCUAUAGAUAUCAUGUGGGUGGCGUAUCCUGUUUAAAUAACACAACAGUGGUAGAAGCCCCCCCUUAUGUUCGCAUGUGCCUAUUUAGACCUGGGUGUGUGGAUGGGCCGGGGCAACAUGAUGAAUGAAAACACAAGUACCAAUGUGUAAGUACAACGGAGGAGAGCACAAACCUUAAAAUCGACUGUUUACAUUUUUGUAUCUCUUCGGAGUACAAUGAACUCUCUACCGUGACAUUUUGAGUAUUGUGUUUUCGUAGAAUGUCUCUUCAGAAGUAAAAGUCUCGACCCCUGCUGACGUCACUCACGGCCCGAAGUGUGUUCGGCCAAACACACGAAGAUGGCACCGGAGUUGACCAGUGGGACAACUGCGUGAAGUGGGUAUAUGCAGUUGGGUAGCACGGGGUUGUUGGCAUGGACGGACGAGACUGGUCUGCGUUGGUGUCCCAUGUUUGGUGGUGCGUGUAAUUAAGGGCGUAAACUAAGCGGCACUACAGGUUGCCGCGCGUGGACACUCGAUACCGUUUGUUUCCCGCCAGGAGUAGCUCAGAAGCACAGGAGGGGUUGGCGCGCUAGUAUUUGAAGAAGUAAGAGGAGCGGUAUUUGGUUCUCAUUGGCUUGUCUGGCCGCUAUGGAAUGUGAUUGUGGAGUCGCGACAGAUACCUAGCGGGCAAUAGCAUUGUUGGUGUACGGCAGCAGUGUGCCACGCGCUCGAAGAUUCAUUCGCCACGGGGGGGAAGUGGAUGUAACGAUCGUUCGUUGUUGUCUC